AUGGGGACUGCAGCGGCGGCAGCGGCGGCGGCGGCCGGGGAGGGGGCGCGCAGCCCGAGCCCCGCCGCCGUGUCGCUCGGCCUGGGCGUGGCCGUCGUGUCUAGCCUGGUGAACGGGUCCACGUUCGUGCUGCAGAAGAAGGGCAUCGUGCGCGCCAAGCGGAGAGGUACCUCCUAUUUAACAGACAUUGUGUGGUGGGCAGGCACCAUCGCAAUGGCUGUUGGCCAGAUUGGAAACUUCCUGGCUUACACGGCGGUCCCCACGGUCCUGGUGACGCCCCUGGGGGCCCUUGGAGUGCCAUUUGGGUCCAUUUUAGCCUCUUACCUUCUGAAGGAGAAGCUCAACAUCUUGGGCAAGUUGGGGUGUCUGCUGAGCUGUGCGGGUUCUGUCGUGCUGAUCAUUCACUCCCCGAAGUCCGAGAGUGUGACCACGCAGGCCGAGCUGGAGGAGAAGCUGACCAACCCAGUGUUUGUGGGCUACCUGUGCAUCGUGCUGCUCAUGCUGCUGCUGCUCAUCUUCUGGAUCGCGCCGGCGCACGGGCCCACCAACAUCAUGGUCUACAUCAGCAUCUGCUCCCUGCUCGGGAGCUUCACCGUGCCUUCCACCAAGGGCAUCGGGCUGGCGGCGCAAGACAUCUUCCACAACAACCCGUCCAGCCAGCGCGCCCUCUGCCUGUGCCUGGUGCUCCUGGCCGUGCUUGGCUGCAGCAUCAUCGUCCAGUUCAGGUACAUCAACAAGGCGCUCGAGUGCUUCGACUCCUCCGUGUUCGGGGCCAUCUACUACGUGGUCUUCACCACGCUGGUCCUGCUGGCCUCCGCCAUCCUCUUCCGGGAGUGGAGCAACGUGGGCCUGGUGGACUUCCUAGGGAUGGCCUGCGGCUUCACCACCGUCUCCGUGGGGAUCGUCCUCAUCCAGGUGUUCAAAGAGUUCAACUUCAACCUGGGCGAGAUGAACAAGUCCAAUGUGAAGACAGACUAGGAGGCAGCGGGGCUUGGCUGGCGCGAGGGACGGGAGGACUUGGUAGUGGCUUCUGGUCCUAACGUCACGGGAAGGACAAGAGACCCCACAUCGCUGGUACUAGAGUUGCUCGUCUAUCAGGGUGCGGUCAGGUGGGCAGUGGGGGGCAUUGCCCGGCCCUCUGCCAGCCUGAAGUCGCCACACGGUCGCCUGGGCGUCAUCUCUCUGAUGAGAGGAAUCUCAUGUUCAUUGCCAUGGCCCUGGAAGCUUUCACGAAUACCCUUUCCUUUAAAACAUUUCACUGUUAUUUAAGUAGAAAACAGAGAGGGGCUCGGUGUGCUUAGUCUUUGCAGGGCGGCGGAUGUUCUUCCUGGGAAGAUGCUUGGGACGUGGGGGACAGCGUCCUGAUUCUAACUUUGUACAGUAAAUGCAUCUGUAGCUGUGUUCUUUUGCGUUCAGCCUGUAUAACCUCGCCCAAUGAAGAGGUAUAUGCAUUUAAUCGUUUUUAAUCCUCUGAUGAGCUGACCGUCCCUCCCCCCCCACCACCCCGACCCAAGGCUGCGGUUGAAGAGAGCGGCGUGGCCGCGCAGACCGGGCUCCAUUUCCCGGACUUUCAGUAGCUUCAGUCGAUCUCAGUGCCUUUAUCACUUGAACUAUUCACUUAAUUUGACUAUGACUGUGUGUCUGUUCCCUUAGUUUAGCGCAACACAGCCUCCUUGACUAUGACUUUAAUAUUUCACUGUUCAACACGUAAAGGCAUAAAGCGGUUAUGAGUAACAGUAGAUGCAUUGGUUGGAAGAGAGUCAAAACUGAGGACACGUUAGAAUCAACCCCAUUAGCAUGUAUUGUCCAAUGAAAGGCAGUUGCUCUUCAUAGCAUGAGGUGUUUUAUUUGCAUUCAAUCCAUGUAACUGGGAUCCAGUAUCAAAUAUACCCACGUUCUCUUUCAGUGACCACUGCAGCCACGCAAAAGAAAGAAAUUAUUGAACUUGAUCAUCAGGCUGUGACAGGAGGGGGUGACACCCCAGGGGCACAUGUAUCCAGGUCCCUGGGGUACAGGGACAAGCCAAGGGCCAUGAGCAAACUGAGGCUUGUCAAACCGGAACACACACAGGGACACGCAAAGGAGUCUCUUUUGCAAAAAUGGAAACAAUUCAUUUAGCCAGUUUCCUGUUGGAGCUGGCAGCAUACCCCAUGGUUACCCAGCUCUCAUUAAACUUCUGAAACGCAGAAAAGCCACGCAUUCCACCAGUAUUUUGAUCAAAGAGACCAUUCGUCCGUCUAGAGUAACCUCGCAUGUGUAUUCAAGGGAACAAAGCAUAGAGUGAUGUUUCAUUUCAUCAAGAUAACGUGUGGUUCGUGUGCAGUGUUGUUGCUGAAGCAGAACGUGGAAUCUGAUAAUACCCAAUUAAAGUUAUUCACUAAAGAUAAAAGUACUCUUUUCCGGCCAAAAAAAAAAAAAAAGGACGUUUCUGAAGUGUUGAACAAAGAAGGCUGUGCUUUAACAGAGUGAAGGGCACAUUUAUGAGUUAAAAGUACACAGGAUGAUAGUGGGUAGUCAGGGUUAGUGAACUAAGAGCAGCAACAAAAUUAUUUAAACAUUAAAUAUAUAUAUAUAUAUAUAUUUACUGAUAGUUAAUAAAUGCUCCAAAAGUUCCUCACUCUUUUUAUCAGCUCUCGGAGGCUUGUCUUUUAAUCAGUAUUUUAAGGAAUGCAGGCCUUAAUUUAUUAACCUUUCUGAAAAUAUAAUGUAGCAGUGUUAGCAUAUAUUUAGGCAUAAAACUAGUUUCCCAGGUAAGGAUCCUUGUUUGAGAAAUUGAAAGGAUACACGUGGCAUUACACUUAGAAGUUAUAUAGAAGUUACUGUUUUGUCUUUUUGUUACAACUUAUAUAGGAAGCUUAGUUGAAAUGCAUCUGUUCACGUUCCUUUUUCUAUUUUCAUUCACGAUUAUAACCACAGAUACUCAGAGGAGACAUUUUCAGGAGAAUCAUCCCUAUGAUUUGUUUUGAGGGUAAAACAGAAUCUCGAAGUAUUAAUAACUCGCCUCCCUCUGAAGGUGGCUGGGCCCAGCCCCGCUGGGCUCCCAGGUUCCCAUCUGGUCAACUGAUUAUUUUGGUCAGAUGCGCAGCUUUCCUUUUAGUGGCACCAAGUUCAUGUCGCCCCUCGUAUUUCACGUGCGGGACUCCACCCUCAAAGCAAUGGACGUGACCAGAGGUCUAACAGCCUAAUUGUCAAGUUUGACUUCCGACUUACCCGUAUUUAACCUUCUUUUUAUUUAUUUAUUUUUAUUGUUCCAAUACAAUUGUCUCCAUGUAACCGUAUUUCUCUUACAGAUUCAUGCAUUCGUAAUUCAUUUGGAAUGGCAAAGGAAAGGAAGUCUGGAAGCGAGAGUUUUAGGGGAGGGGCUCGUGGUUAAAACUCAGCAAAACACCUACCGUGUGCUUGUUGUCGAACCUCCUCGAAUCGUGUUUGUGAUCACAAUAUGCAGAUUUACUGUGGGUGGAUACUUAAAUAGGCAUUUCUCUCCUCUCCUCACUUGGACGAUGCCUUAUUUUCUCAUCAGAAUCUUGGCAUUUGAAAAGAUUGCUCACCGAUCAAGUGUAGAGCCGGUUCAGGGUUCCGACCCAAACCCAGCACCGAGACCACCCUGGGCGCUGUUCUGUCCCACAGGGCGGUUCCAUUCCUGCAGAGAAGGUUCUGGGGACUCGGGGCGGGGCGGGGGCGGUCAGCCCCCAGCCGUGCGUGCGGGCGAGACCGGCCCACCGUGGAAACUUCAGGGAGGACCACCGCCCAGAUGUCACUAUGGUCUUUUUACUGCUCCCGUUUUAGCAAUAAGAAAUACUCAAUUCCUACCUUUCCAGCCAGUGUGUCAUGGUUUUAUUUGCACAAGUCCAUUCCAGCAGUAGCAGGUCGGUCUUUGUUCUUUCUCUGGGUCUCACGUCUGAUAGAAAAGAGCGCGCUCACCUCUCGUUGUCCUUCUUGGCGGUUCAGCUCUUUGUAGGUACUGGGCUCACUUCUGGGGGCCGGUUCCCAGACAGGUAUAAAGCGCUGGAGGUGCGGUGUCUCCCAGGCGUGGAUGACCACAUCCGGCCCCGGGACCCGGGAGACAUUCCUCUUGUCCAGACUCCUCAAGAAGAGCCCAGCCCACGCUCUGAUCGCCUGCCCGUCACCCCCGCGGCUUUUCUGAUGUGUCCCUGAUCCUGGCUUGGGCCUCCUGUGACUGAGUAGGAAAGAGGAGACCUGCUUCCGUUUAUCUCUGUCCCCGAAUGCCUGCGGCCUGAAGGAGUGGUCCUCACUGCGUUGUCCUACACCAAGGACAAAGGUCGCCCACCGAGCGGGAUGAGAUGGAGUCUUGGCGUUCCGCCUUCUCAGGGACCAAAAACGCAACAUUAACUCUUUAGCAUGGACUUGAUGUGUCUGUGUGAGUUUUUCACGUGUGUUAUCUUCAUGGCUGGAGGCCUGUGAACGUGAGCCGGAAAGGGGAAGGAUCGUUCACACACACCGGUCACACCAUAAAACGGUUUCUCAUAUCAAAUACCUCAAUUUUCUCUAUUCCUCACUUCCACCUCACAUUUGUACUGCUGAUGAACUUCAAGGGUCUGUCCUGUAGCUUUUAGGUGACUUCACAUCCGGCCGGAUUCUUACACCUCCUCUGUAUACUCGGAAAGCCUAGGAACGGUAGUGAGGGGAGAAAGGAUUUGGCCCUAUCUCAUGACGCCUUUCCUUUCAUGCACAUUUCUCCCAUGCUCGCAAAUGCAACAAAAGAAUUCUAUUUGAAAGAAAAUGUAACUUUGUGACAUCAAAUAAUCAUCUACUAAAAAGUUGCUACUCCGUAGAAUAAGGCUCUUGUAAAUAACAUCUAUUUCAAAUGUACCCAAUAGGAUCAGACGUACGCCAGGGCCCCGAUCAUGACCAGGGAGAAGGAUUUAUUUGUUCUUUUCUCUCUUUUUUUUCUUGAAUUGUGCAACUCUAGGUGAGUCACUUUACCUUUCUGUGCCUCAGUUUCUCUACCUCCAAUGGGUUGGGAUGGUUCUCCACAUCGACUGUCCGAGGGUGCUUGUACUUGAGCCCAUGUCGGCGGCCUUGGGUGACACUGUCACGAGCGGGAUGGCCCGGGAGUGACCGGGGGACCCUCGGCUUGUCUGGGUCUCCUGUCUGCUCAGGGCCCGGCUGUGGACGCGCCGCCUCAAGCGCUGAUUAAGCAAGGGGAGCGCUGGGUGUGAAGUUUGCAUAAUUCCAUGAAGUUUCUUUUUCCAUUCCGUUUGUUUUCAGAGGAAGGAUUUUCUAUAUGCUAUUGUAAAACAGGGGGAUUAAACAGGGACUUUGAAAGCUGCACUGAAUGGUCACACUCCGACCGGGGCGAUGCGCAUCUUUGGCGUCCUGCGUAGGUUUAUGUUUUGCGGGAGAUUCAAUGGCUUGUGAACCAGAUUGAUUCUUCUGUGUUAAAUCUGUCACGAACGAUGCUGAGCUUCGGGCUUUCCAGCAGCUCAGCCCCGAAAGCGAACCGCCUGCCGCCGGGUGAAGGUCAGGCGUUCGUGAACCACUAGUGCCAAAGGGUCACAUAGAAAAGUUCCAUAUUUUAUUUGUCAGGCUAGACUAAUUUGCCCCCCACCUUCAAGUCGGUAUUUUUGCACUUUGGAAAAGUUUAAGGCUGCUGUUAUGAAGGACCAUUCCUGAGUCUUUUUGGUUAGCUGUUACACUCUUGCAAAAGGGAAUAUAAUCAUGAAAGAGAGGAAGAAGAUGACAUAAAAAAUGUAAAACGCGGAUGGGCUGCAUCAGAAUUUUUUCACGUAAAUGUACCGGGAGCUUCCAAUGACCACGCACACACAUUUGUCAAUGGCUAAGAUUUGCUUAUAUUUUGCUGUAUAGAAGUAGUCAUAGCAUGUAAUUGCCUUAUGUAAAUAAAUAGGCUAUUUGUUAAGUUUUCCAAUAUUUA